AUGACGAUCAAAACGAGUCUGAUUGACUUUGAUGGGAUCGGAACUUCGUGGACUCUCGGAGAAUCUCAGGACCAAAGUCCUCUUCGGAAGCAGCUCAAAGAUGCUGCAAAAGCAGUGCGAACGCUCCCACUAGCCCCGGCAGCGGCUGAGAGCCCGGAUUUACUGGACAAUUGGGAAUUGACAGUAGGCAUUGAAAUCCAUGCCCAGCUCAAUGCCUCUCGCAAGCUUUUCUCGCCUGGUAUAACGGCGCCGACUACGGUUCCAAACAGUCAAAUUGCUCCUUUCGACAUCGCCUUGCCUGGUAGUCUCCCACUCCUCCAGCCGGCUGUCAUCCUGCCAGCCCUUCGUGCUGCUACCGCCCUCGGGUGUACGAUUGAGCCAGUCAGCAACUUCGACCGCAAACAUUAUUUCUACCACGAUCAGCCAGCGGGCUAUCAGAUCACUCAAUAUUACCACCCCUUCGCGAAGAACGGUCGUGUUGUGUUGGCCACCGAAGAUGGGCUGGAGGAAGGUCGCACGGUCACGGUAAAUAUAAAACAGGUGCAAUUGGAACAGGACACUGCUAGAACGCAGGAAGAUGAUAUCAACACGGCAUUGAUAGACUUCAACCGUUGUGGCCAAGCGCUGAUCGAGAUAAUUUCGUUACCCGACUUGCAUUCUCCUCGGGAUGCAGCCAUCUACGUCAAGAAAGUUCAGUCGAUCCUUUACGCUGUUGACGCUGUCACAACCGGCAUGGAACAAGGCGGCCUCAGGGCUGAUGUCAAUGUCUCCGUCCGUCGUCGAGGCGCUGAGGGGGGCUUAUUUGCCUAUAGUGGCGUGACAGGCCUCGGUCAACGUACAGAAAUCAAAAAUCUCAGCACCUUCAAAGGUAUCGAAGAUGCAAUCAAGGCGGAAAGAGACCGCCAGAUUCAAAUCCUCGAAUCCGGCGGGGUGGUUCAGGGCGAGACCAGGGGCUGGUCCAUGACGAACCCCAAUGAGACAAGAAGACUUCGAGGAAAAGAGGGCGAGGUGGAUUAUCGAUAUUUGCCCGAUGCGGAUAUCCCUCCACUCUACAUCGAUCGUGACUUGAUCUCUUGGAUUGAGAAGACUCUACCUCCAACGGCGAGCGAAUUAGUUGAGAUGCUAGUUCAAAAGUAUGGCCUCAGUCUCACGGAUGCGGUGACCUUGGUUUCGCUCGAUGAUGGCGAGAGAUUGAUCUAUUUUCAAGACAUUGUCGAUGCGCUGGUGUCAAGCAGCCGGUUCACAACGACGCCCAAAGAUCACGGAAAGACCGUGGGAAAUUGGGUGUUGCAUGAACUGGGUGCUCUGCUUGCCACCGAAGAAAAUCAAUGGAGUGACAACCUGGUUUCCUCCAAAUCGAUGGCUGAAAUAAUUUAUCGCUUGAAAGACAACCAGAUUACAGGGAGUUCGGCUAAACAUAUCCUCAAGCUCAUCUAUAAUGGUGACAAACGACCUGUCUCACAGAUCAUCAGACAAGAGGGCCUGGGCUUCUCGGAGAUGUCGACUGAUACCUACCAAGCCAUCGCACAAGAAAUUAUCGACAAGUUCCCCCAGCAUGUCAAAGACAUUGUCGAAAAGGGCAAAGUUGGGAAAAUGCAGUUCCUCAUGGGGCAAAUGAUGAGACACCCCCGAAAGGGUGAUAUGCGCGCCCCAGAGGCUGAAAAAACACUCCGCCAGCUGAUCUUGGGCAGCAGCGGAUGA